UCCACCUUCGCUCAACACCACAUUGGCGACAAGGAUUUCGUGAACGUACCCCCAGCCCCGCUGUGCCGUCCGUAUCCGCCCACCAUGAGCUUCACCGGGCUUGCGCCGCCACCGUUUUUCCUUCCGACGCCCCGCCGUCCGUCAUUGCCAUGGGAGCAGUGGGAGCGGAUGUGCAACGUGUACUUGCUGGCAUCCGGAGCCGCCGCAUUCAAGCCGGAGCAACGCAAGGCUAUUCUUUUGCAUUGUUUGGGGGAGGAAGGCCAGCGUAUUUAUCAGACGCUACAUGCAGGGACCAGCGCCGCAGCACCGGCCGCCCCAAGUGCCGCAGCACUCGCCGAUGACAAGUCUGUCGUGGCCCCUCCUGACGAAUACGAGUCUGCACUCACCGCAUUACGGCACCAGUUUUCGACGUCGCGCAACGUUAUCAUCGAGCGUCAUCGCUUUCCCCGUCGCAGCCAACACACAGGCGAGUCCGUUCAUGACUUUGUUGCCGCUCUACGGGAGCUAGCGUCACAUUGUUCGUUUGCCUCGCAAGAUGAUGCUCUGCGAGACCAAUUCGUUGCCGGCGUAGCUUCCACUCGCGUACGUGAGCGGUUACUGCUCGAGGGUUCCACACUUUCGUUCGAGAAUUCUGUUCGAGUUGCACUUCAGUUUGAGCAGGCGGUUGAAGAGCUAAAGGAGCUCCCUGCUUCGGUCGAAGCAAUUUCAUUGCGGCAGCGUCGAAAACCAUCGUCGCAUUCUUCGAAAAAAAGGAAUUCACAACCAGCAGCCACCUUAGAGCAGAUUUUAACGAGGAGCGCGGGCGGCUCACGUGCGCCGCAGCGGAACCGCCCCCCUCAGCGGAACCGAGAACAGAGUAGCCGCUCCGGCUCGCCACUUUGUUUCCGAUGCGGCUCGCGGAACCACAUCGCGUCAGCGCCGCAGGGCUCAGCGCAAGGCAAGACUUGUUUUGCGGUCGCAAGGGCCACUUUCAAAGGGUAUGUAUUGUCACGUGGUAGUGACGGUGAAGAAAGAACACAGUAGCAGUACUGUGAAAGACAAAACUAGCUUUUAUUGGGCGAACCUGUGCCCACAAAACAGGCUACACUUAAAGCACAACAAUAGCGGCGAACACAGUCUGCGAUCGUCGAAAAUCUGAUCAGCGGGUCAAGCGUGUCGGCUUUUAUAGAGCAGUCAUCGAAUGUUCCAGACUAAUCGUUCGGACCCGCAUGCCUUCCACAAAGUUCUACACCAUUCGCGUCAGGUGAUGCAAUCAGAUAACAUAACGUUCAGCGACAACAGACAGCAGAUAGAAGCAUCGAUAACGUUCCAGAAACUUCGGUACAUACAGGCGCGUCCCACGCUGUGCGAUUACUUUUGUUAGGCUGCGAAACGUGGUUGCCCGAUAAAGAUAAGUAUACGUGUCAAUACCCCCCUCUUAAAAAGCAUCGACCCGAUGCUGCAAAGAAACGAAGGUAAUAAACAAAAUCACUCGUAGCAAAGAAAAGAACAAAAAUGGCGAAGUUUGUCAGCGUCCGUAAAAGGGUUUAAGGCGCACCACGUGGACCACUUCAGAUCGUGCGCGGCGCCGCUGUGAAUGCGAAAUGCCGUCUGGCACGACCUCAUAGUCCAGAGCGCCAAUGCGUCGGAUGACCUUGUAGGGUCCGAAAUAGCGUCGGAGUAGUUUCUCACUGAGUCCUCGUCGGCGUAUCGGGGUCCAUACCCAAACACGGUCGCCGGGCUGGUACUCGACGAAGCGUCGUCGGAGGUUGUAGUAUCGGCUGUCGGUCCUCUGUUGGUCCUUGAUCCGCAGGCGGGCGAGCAUUCGGGCUUCUUCGGCGCGCUGGAGAUAGCUAGCGACGUCAACAUUCUCUUCGUCAAUGACGUGGGGCAGAAUGGCGUCGAGCGUCGUCGUCGGGUUCCUGCCGUAAACCAGCUUAAACGGCGUGACCUAUGUUGUUUCUUGCACCGCCGUGUUGUAAGCGAAGGUUACAUACGGCAGGACCGCGUCCCACGUCUUGUGCUCAACGUCGACGUACAUCGCUAGCAUGUCGGCGAGGGUCUUAUUCAGGCGCUCCGUGAGACCAUUCGUUUGCGGAUGGUGGGCAGUUGUCCUCCUGUGGCUUGUCUGGCUAUAUUGCAGAAUGGCUUGGGUGAGCUCUGCUGUAAAAGCCGUUCCUCUGUCGGUGAUGAGGACUUUUGGGGCGCCAUGCCGCAGCAGGAUGUUCUCGCCGAAAAAUUUCGCCACCUCGGCUGCGCUGCCUUUCGGUAGAGCUUUUGUUUCAGCGAAGCGGGUGAGAUAGUCUGUCGCCACGACGAUCCACUUAUUCCCGGAUGUUGACGUCGGAAACGGCCCCAACAAAUCCAUCCCAAUCUGCUCGAAUGGUCGUCGAGGAGGUUCGAUCGGUUGUAGUAACCCUGCUGGCCUUGUCGGUGGUGUCUUGCGUC